UCAAGCUGAGGUUUGUGUUCACUUCCCCUUCAUAGUUGGCUACAGGGAAGGGGACAUAAUGGUGUUACCAAUUUUACUUGUUCUAUGCCUAAGCCUAACACUUCCUCUGCUUCUACUGCUCUUCUUCCAUAAAAACAGAACCGUUAAGAAUGCAUCACAACUUCCACCUGGUCCUAGAGGCCUUCCCAUAAUCGGAAAUCUUCAUCAGCUGGAUAAUUCUGUCCUUUUUCUGCAACUAAAGCAACUCUCAAAUAUAUAUGGGCCCCUAUUUUACCUUCAACUCGGUUUAAGACCAGCUAUUGUUGUUUCUUCUGCUAAAAUUGCCAAGGAAGUACUAAAAAACAAUGAUCUUGUGUUUUCUGAUCGACCCAGCUUACUUAGCCAACAAAAAUUGUCCUAUAACGGGUCAGAUAUUGUGUUUCCCCCAUACAAUGAUUCUUGGAGAGAAAUCAGAAAAAUUUGUGUUCUCCAUAUCUUUAGCACCAAGCGGGUCUCAAGCUUUUCCUCCAUAAGAAAGUUUGAGGUCAAGCAAAUGAUCAAAAAUAUAUCUGAGCAAGCUGCUUCAUCGGUUGUUACAAACUUGAGUGAGUUACAGAUGUCUCUCUCAAGCACUAUAAUAUGUAGGAUUGCCUUUGGGAGGAGGUAUGAAGGAACCGAGGGGAGUAGGUUCCAUGAGAUGCUGCAUGAGUUUCAGGCCCUGCUAGCCACUCUUUUUGUUUCAGAUUACAUUCCAUUCAUGGGUUGGAUUGAUAAAAUCACAGGAAAGCAUGCACGCCUGGAACAAAUUUUCAGGGAGAUGGAUAAGUUGUACCAAGAUGUAAUUGAUGAACAUAUGGAUCCCAAUAGACAACAAACAGAGCAAGAGGAUAUAGUUGAUGUCUUAUUUCGACUCAAGAAACAGAAUUCCCUUUCAAUUGAUCUCACUUUGAAUCACAUCAAGGGUAUCCUCAUGAACAUGCUUGUAGCUGCAACGGAUACCACUGCAGCCACAAUAGUUUGGGCUAUGACUGCCCUAAUAAAAAACCCAAGAGUGAUGAAGAAAUUUCAAGAAGAAGUUAGGAAAUUUGGAGGAGGUAAAAAAGAACUCUUAGAUGAAGAUGAUGUUCAAAAUUUUCCUUAUUUGAAGGCAGUGAUAAAAGAGACAUUGAGAUUGUACCUACCAGGCCCACUCCUUGUGCCAAGACAAUCAAAUAGAAAUUGCAUUGUAGAUGGAUACCACAUUCCAGCAAAGACAUUAGUGUAUGUGAAUGGUUGGGCAAUUCAGAGAGAUCCAGAAUUUUGGAAAGACCCAGAAGAGUUUUAUCCUGAGAGAUUCUUAGAUAGUUCUAUAAAUUUUCUAGGCCUAGAUUUUGAACUGAUUCCUUUCGGAGCUGGUCGUAGAAUCUGCCCAGGUUUGCCUAUGGCCGUUGCAUCAUUGGAACUUGUCCUAGCUAAUCUUAUUUAUUCAUUUGAUUGGGAACUGCCACAUGGGUUGGUGAAGGAAGACAUCGAUAAUGAAAUGUUGCCAGGAAUUACUACACACAAGAAGACUCCUCUAUGCCUUUCUGCCAAGUGUGUGAAUGCCACAUGGAUUUGUAGCAAAAAUGAUUAAGGUUAGCUUACUCAUUCUAUUGUUUGGUUUGGAGUUUCAUUUUCAAUUUUUUCUUUUUUAAUUGUAAUUAAAAAUGUACCAUAUUAUUUUCACUUUGUUGUCUGUAAUUUUGAGUUUAGUAUUGAAAAUAGUGACCACAAAAAAAGGUUGAAUUUAAAA